UCCACUAAACUAAAGGCUGACCGCGAUACAGGAACUAGUAGUGACAGAACUGAAACAGAAGCAAAACAUUAUAACAUUACCAUAACAUGUUAUUAGCUGUCAAAAUUUCCCCUAACUUUGUGAACAUUAUUUCACUCGUUCAUAGCCAUGGGUCAUUUCAGUUAACGGUUACCACCGUCUCAUACGGAAGUUAAGGUUUUCAUGAUGGUAGUGGAGGUGGAGAGCUUCUUCGGUGUGUACAUGCUUUACUGCACUAACCCAAAAUUUAAAGGCCGUAUCUACAUCGGCUUCACGGUCAACCCUGAGCGGCGGAUUGGACAACACAACGCCGGGAGGCACAAAGGGGGCGCCAAAAGAACCAGUGGCAGGGGGCCGUGGGAGAUGGUACUCAUUAUCCACGGCUUCCCUUCAGAUAUAGCUGCUCUGAGGUUUGAGUGGGCGUGGCAGCACCCUCACUCUUCCAGACGACUUUCCCACGUCUCCCGACGUUCUAAAAGAGAAACGAGCCUGCAGUUCCACUGGCGCGUCGUCUCCAACAUGCUGCAGGUGGCGCCAUGGAGCAGGCUGCCUUUGACUGCCCGCUGGCUCAGACAGGAGUAUAGGAUGGACUUUGACCCCGGCCUGCAGCCCCCACUGCACAUCCCCAUCGCCUUUGGCAAUGUGAGGGCCAAGAAGAAGCAGUCGCUGCCAUCUGCAGGUGAAGAUGAAGAUGUGAUGUCUGUGUGUUUCCUUUGCAAGGCGAUGGUAAAGGUGUCAGAGAAGCUGAGCUGUUUCCUUCCAUUCUGUGGGAUGGUCAGUCAUGUAGUCUGCCUGGCCAGAUAUUUUCUGAGGUCCGAGCCGUCCCACCUCCUGCCUGUAGAGGGACAGUGUCCUUCCUGCCAUGGCUCGGUGUUAUGGGGGAGCCUCAUUCGCCAUAAACACGGCUGCCUCGGAGACCUGGAGGAGAUCGUUUCCUCCACAUCACAGAGCCACUGGGCAGAUGAACUGCAGAUGUGAAGAAAAGGAGGUUGCAGUAGUGAAUGUCUGCCAUUGGUACUGAAGAGUGUAUAUAAAUUUGAAUAUUUCAUCAUAAAGUUUUUAAUUCUUUGUAUUAUUAACAAUCAUUAAAUUUUUCCAAAUAAAAGAUUAAGGAAAUAAUUUUACUACUUCAACAGGAUGUGUUCUGUAAAGCUCUUCCGAAGAACAUGUUUUCUAUAGCUAAUGUGAAAUGUGUCUUUAUUUAUGUUUUUGUUUUCAGGACAUGAAAAGAAUAAAAGAAUAAUUGAAAAUUUUCUUUAUUUUGUCUCCUUUACUAUUUAAAUGCAUGUAUGUAACUUUAAAAAAAAAAGUUUUUUAAAUAUUUGUUAAACGGUCACCAUGUUGUGACAAUAUAAUAUGAGCCAGAUAAUCUGUGAAAAGCUCAAGCUCCUCCCAGUGCUACAAUGGCCGUCUGAAGAAACACAACGCUUCCAGUCAAAAACAGCCAAUCAACCUUUUUUACCCGCUGCUCAGUGUACUAAUGGCAGAAACGACUUCUGUUCCAGGAAAACUGUUUACCUGCCAUCAUCGGUGGCCAUGCUAGCUAGCCUGUGCAUUCCUAGAAUGGUUAGCCUCUCUGCUAACAAGAAGAAGCCGUAGGGUAGCAGAGAGGAAGGAGGAGAGUGUGAGCUAGAUUGACAGCGCUAAGACCCUCCUCCUACAGUCCAGAAAUAUAAAAUUUUUCUUAGGUGUGUGUGUGUGGUUGUUUGUUCUGUCUGUCUCUGUGUUGCCUUGCUGGUGACCUGUCCAGGGUGACCCCACCUCACAGCCGAUGACUGCUGGCACCUCUCACAACCCAACUGGGGAUUAGCAUGUUGGCUGGCUGGAUGGAUGGAUAUUCAGAGUGGACUGUUUUCAUUUUCAAAUUUCACAUUUCAAGUAUCAGAUCAAAAGUUUAUUUGCAAUAUCAAUGUUUAUUUAUACUACAUAGUUCUCAUCUUUUACUGUUGUUUGGUCUAAUGUUUACCUAUGUAUAUAGUUAAAUUUCCACUGUAUGUACAAAUUAGACCCUUAGUGUAAAAUUCUAACCCAAGUGGAUUAGAGAACGGCCACAUUAAAUUCAACUUUGUGUAGCCAGUUCUUAUUUAAAAAGCAUUGAAGCUGUUUUAUUAUCAGUACACUCAGACAAAAUCAGUUCUGCAGACUUAUGGCCACCUGCAGCAGUCAUUGGGCGAGAGGAAGGGCACACCCUGCACAGGAUGCCAGUCCAUCACACAGCUCAGGAAAUCACUACAGGCCCAAAAUGAACAUGACAUUUAUUUAUAUUGAUACAAAUCUCAGGCCAGAAUGGUAAACGAGACAAGGUGAAUGAAAAUAAAGUUGCAAGAGUUAUUGGGAAUUAUAUGCAAAGAGACUCAUUAUUCUUUCAGCUG